AUGGCUCUCCGCAUCAACUCCUUUACGUUCAGUUCCACUUUACCUAAGAUGGAGUUAAGAGGUGGAAAUCCAGGACUCUGGGUUAGCUCGAAGAUGAUGCCUCAAAUGCGAAAGGAGCAACGUGGACGACGAGUGUGGAGGCGAAGAAAAUUGAUAAAAAAGGAUGAGUAUAUGGAACCCAAAAUGGAGCGCAUUCCUUUUAUGGAGGAGCAGGUAAGGAAGAUUAGGGAACAGGGAAAGCUGAUGACCUUGGACAUAGAGAGGUUACUGUUAUCAGAAGACAACCGGUUUGAAUUUGUGAAUGAGAUAGCAGCUGAGGCCAAUGAAUAUGUUGAGAACAACAGGGAUGAGUAUGGAGGUGAGAAGAAAGCCAUUCUUCAUGUUUUGAGCAACCGAAUGAACGAUGCUGGAAUUUACAGACCAGAGGCAUAUUAUGAGCCUGAUCAUUUUAAGCCCGGACCCCUUUAUUUGAGAGAAGAAUAUGGCUAA